UACGGAGAGAGCCACGUUAGCCAAAUCGCGGUGGGAAAAGUGGGAGCGUGGAACAAGAAAGACAGCUCGUCACAGACUCAUAAUAAUACCCCAACCCAGAUUUUCAUUUUUUACAACGUUUCUCCAAAAUCUCCCUUCUAUUUCACAAAUCCCCUAACUCACAUCUCCAUCUCCAUGUUUAUGCGUCAAUCUCUUCUCUCUAGUGGGACAAAUGCAGAACGAGUGAUGGGAAGCAUCUUAAAAGGCAAAUGUGCUGAUUCCUGUACAGGCAUUAUUCAAUCAAGUUGUAGAAAUUGGCAACCAUUUAGUUGGGGAAGAAGAGUCAUACCUUUUCAGGGUUCUUUAAAAUCUGUGCAAACAUCAUGUCGAAUUUCAGUCCCCGGAAUCUCAUCACAGAAAGAAGAAAUCGUGGCUUCUAACUUUUUGAGGCAGAAGAAGUUGGUUCCUGAUGCCGAACCUCCUAGCAUUCAGGAAGUCCAACAAUUGUAUCAAUUUUUCGAUGAAAGUAAGAAACUCAUGGUGUUGACCGGAGCAGGAAUAAGUACAGAAUGCGGUAUUCCAGAUUAUAGAAGCCCAAAUGGAGCUUAUAGUUCUGGCUUCAAACCAAUUACUCAUCAGGAGUUUAUUCGCUCAAGCCGAGCUCGCCGGCGAUACUGGGCAAGAAGUUAUGCUGGCUGGAGACAGUUUACUGCAGCACAACCCGGUGCUGCUCAUAUCGCUCUAGCAUCCCUUGAAAAAGCUGGACGGAUAAAUUUUAUGAUCACUCAAAAUGUUGACAGGCUGCAUCAGCGUGCAGGUAGCAACCCCCUUGAAUUACAUGGCACUGUGUAUGAGGUUGUUUGUUUAGAUUGUGGAUUUUCUGUUUGCCGGGAUCUCUUUCAAGAACAAGUGAAGUCCCUAAAUCCAAAGUGGGCAUCAGCUAUUGAAUGUUUGGACUAUGGUAGCCCUGGGUCAGAUAAGAGCUUCGGCAUGAAGCAAAGGCCUGACGGUGAUAUCGAGAUUGAUGAAAAAUUUUGGGAGGAGGAUUUUCACAUACCUACUUGUGAAAUGUGCAAUGGAGUGCUUAAACCUGAUGUGGUCUUUUUUGGUGAUAAUGUCCCAAAAUGUAGAGCUGAUAGAUCAAUUCAGGCUGCAAAGGAUUGUGAUGCUUUUCUUGUACUGGGUUCAUCUCUAAUGACUAUGUCUGCCUAUCGGCUUGUCAGAGCUGCUCACGAAGCGGGUGCUGCCACUGCAAUUGUUAAUCUAGGUGAGACGCGAGCUGAUGAUUUGGUGCCUUUGAAAAUCAACGCUCGCCUGGGAGAGAUCUUGCCGAGAGUGCUCAACUUUGGAUCCCUCAGCAUCCCAUCCCCCAACUAAUGCUACAUAAGAAAAUGUUUUCAGAGAUGUAAUUAUAUAAAUAUAUUUAUAUAUAUGGAGGAGGUUACAUCAAAUAUGUAACUAUCGUGGGUAUAUUUAUUUUUAACUAUUAAAUCAUUGUUGAAUGAUUGUGAUUAAUUUAAAAAUUAAAAGAAAAAUAAAUGAUAAAUAACUUGUAACUUGA